GUCUCUUGUCUGUCGUCCCCAUCCACUCCCCAUUCCACCCACCUGAGACCCAGACGGACGCCCUCACGACCAUCCAAGAUGACGAAGACAUACCUAAUGAACAGUCUGGUGGAGAAGAUGCAGUCUCCGGACCAGGACUUCAGAUUUAUGGGGCUCAACGACUUGAUGACCGAAAUCAAGCAAGAUCCCAGCACGUUUACUGGCGACGAGUCCACCGAGACCAAGGUCAUCAAGCAGGUCCUGUCGCUCGUCGAAGACAAGAUCUCCGAAGUGAAGAACCAGGCGGUGAAAUGUCUCGGGCAGCUUAUUAAGAUCAUCCGCGAAUCACAAAUGGAUUUGGUGGUGGAUAGCCUUAUCAACUUUUCAGUGGGGAAGGACGAGGAGUUGCGGGAUAUCUCUGGUCUUGCACUCAAAACCAUCACCGCUGAACUACCGCCGGAUGGCAAGGUCGCGCAGAAAGCUUGCGCGAAAUUGGCUCCCAAACUUCUGGUCCAAGUCUCUAACGCUGAGACUCCUCCAGAGACGAUCCUAGAGACCUUGGCCACCCUCUCCAUUCUUAUCACCCGCUUCCCUACGCACCUUUCAAGCCCAAACGUGCAGCCGCAACCGCUCCCAACGAUCGCCCCCAUCCUGUCGCACCCGCGCCCCGCAGUCCGCAAACGCGCGAUCCUCACCCUGUCGCAGUUCAUCCCCUACGCGCCGCGAGAACAGUUCGACGUCCUCCUGUCGACCAACAUCGUACCUUUCCUCGCACCGAACGCGAAUGUCGACAGACAACGCACGACCGUACAGCUGAUCUCCGCUAUCCUACGGACGUCGUCGCAUCACCUGUCGCCCGUCCUUGGGGAGGUCAUCCCCAGUCUUCUGAAAGCCGUGCAACGAGAUGACGACGAACUGAGAGAAGGAUGUCUUCAGACUCUGGAGACUGUCGUUCUUCGAUCUCCGGCUGAAGUCACUCCAUUCCUUAGCCCUAUCAUUCAAGUCGGCAACCAGUACACCAAGUAUGAUCCGAACUACGCCGAUGACGAGGACGAGGACGCUGAAAUGGGCGAGGCAGAUGAGGAUGAUGAGGAUGACGCGGAGCUUGACGAGUACUCCGACGAUGAGGACACGUCCUACAAGAUCCGUCGCUCAGCAACGAAGCUGCUCGCAGCAGUAGUCGUGACCAGACCCGAGCUCCUGGUGACUCUCUACAAGGAGGUAUCCCCAGUCCUGAUCUCCCGGUUCGGUGAUCGUGAGGAGACCGUCCGCCUGGAGAUCUGGUCGACGUAUGUGAGCCUUCUGACACAGACCGGUGUGUACGGGCGGGCACCGCAGGUGAAGGACGCCGAUGUCGCUCCUCGUGGCAAACGAAAACGUGACUCGGAGGAGCGAAUGGACGUGGAGGAGACGCCGUACAGCCUGCUGAAGGGACAGGUGCAGCCUCUUGCCAAGGCGCUGUUGAACCAGAUCAAGUCGUCGAAGACGACGCCCGCUGCAUUCCAGGGCGGCUUCAACCUCCUGCACUCGCUGCUCGAUGUCCUCCCUGGCUCGCUGGUCAGCCAAAUGGACCAGGUGCUGCUGACGUCCCGCGGCGUGCUGUCGCAGUCGCCGCUCACGUCUACUUCGGCUGUGCAUCUCACCUGUCUCUCCUUCCUCGCGCUCCUGUUCUCGACGCACGCGCAGUCGUCAUUUGCGGGUUCCCUCCCCACCAUAACGCCUGUGCUGCUCAAGUCGCUGAAGGAGAAGCACCCCCGUGUGUCUUCGGAGGCGUUCCGUGUAUUCUCUGCCCUUCUGAACGCGUGCAAGCCCGUUAAAAACGAUGAUUGGGCAGGCUCGGUGUACGACGAGGCCCUGCAGCGCCUCAGUAACCACGACACGGACGCGGAGGUUCGCGCUUCGGCGGAGGAGUGCAUCGCCGAUCUGUGGGUGUGCGCCAAGGAUGUUGUCGCAGGCAAGGGCGGGAAGGAGUGGCAGGCGAUCUGCCGUACGUCGGGGAACACGAGUGGCUCUGUCAAGGUCGUUAUCAAAGUGGCGAGGGACGUGGAUAUGACCGACCAGUGGGCGAAUGAUCGCGUUGAGUGGAUUUCGGGGUUGCUCAAGAAGAGCGGGCGGAGCGGGAAGGCUGAGAUGUUCACUGCGCUUGAUACUUUGCUCAAGAGAUACCAGAACGGGAUCCCAGCGGAUCUCUCGCCGAACCUGAUUCUGCUCGUCAAGAGCUUCGUCACCACCGCCGACAUAUCCCUCCUCGGCCACGCGCUGACCAUCGUCGCCGUGCUGCUCGAGCUCGCGCCCGCACAGGCGUACCCCGAGGUCGAGUCCGAGCUGCUCUCCUCCAUCUACGAGAUCGCGCACUCGCCGAACCUGUCUGGCGCUGCGCUCGACGCGCUGCUCAACUUCCUCGGCGCGCUCGUGUCCGCCGAUGGCCAGAUCGCAUCGCACGUCAUACCCAGCCUCGUGAUCUCGUACGAGAAGACGGCGUCCAAGGCGGAGCGCAGCCCGCACAAUGUGGCCAAGUGCGUGGGGCAGGUCGUUAAGAGCUUUCAGUCGGUCGCGGCGGGUGCGAUUGCGGAGUAUGCGAAGCAUGUGAAGAAGUCGUCGAAGGCUAAGUCGUCGACGGUUGUGCUGAGUCUGUUGAUUCUCGGAGAGAUUGGUAGGAUCUUUGACAUGUCGCCACAGCACGACAUCUUCACCCAUGUCAUCGACCAUUUCGCGUCCGAGGAAGAGGAGGUCCGCGCUGCUGCGGCCUUCGCCGCCGGCAAUAUCGCGAUUGGCAACCUGCACAUGUUCCUCCCCGCCAUCAUCAAGAUCAUGGAAAACGACGCCCAGAAGCGGCUCCUCUCGCUGCACGCGCUCAAGGAGGUCGUCACGCAUUGCUCGCACGGACAGCUCGAGUUGGUCGCAGAGCAGUCGUGGGGCCCGCUGUUCCAGAACUCGGAGGACUCGGAGGAGAGCACGCGCAAUGUCGCUGCUGCGUGUCUUGGAAAGCUGACGACGACGAACCCGUCGCGGUAUCUGCCUCAGCUUCACGAUCGCAUCAAGGACGAGAACCCUGCUGCUCGUGCGACGGUUGUUUCUUCUAUCCGCUACACUUUUGCGGAGUCGUCUACGUCGUAUGACGAGCUCCUUGCACCUCUGAUCAUGGACUUCCUGGGAUUGAUGCUCGAUGAGGAUCUGAACGUCCGUCGUCUCGCGCUCUCGGCGUUGAACACCGCAGCGAGGACGAAGCCGUACCUGAUCGCAGACCAUCUCGGAACUCUCCUGCCCAGCUUGUACCAGGAAACAGUCGUCAACACCGACCUCAUCCGCACCGUGCAGAUGGGUCCUUGGAGCCACAAGGUCGACGAUGGCCUCGAGGCGCGCAAGACGGCCUACGAGACGAUGUAUACCCUGCUUGACACAUCGCUACACAAGCUCGACCUGCACGCGUUCCUGAGCUACGUGCUCGCGGGCCUGCACGACGACUCGGACGAGAUCAAGGUCAUCUGCCACAUGAUGCUCUUCCGGCUCGCGCAGGUCGCGCCGACCGCGGUCUCGCAGCGGCUCGACGAGGCGACGCCGCAGCUCGAGAAGACGAUGAAGGGCGCGGCGGUGACCAAGGACACGGUCAAGCAGGACCUCGAGCGGGCGUCGGAGCGGCAGCGCAGCACGCUGCGCGCGGUCGUUGCGCUGAGCAAGAUCAGCAAUGCGACGGUGUCGCCCAAGUUCGACGCGUUCGUCGAUGAACUCAGGGGCUCACCGACAUGGGGCAACGAGUUCAAGGAGCUCGAUGGGACGCGUUGAGGCUGACUGGUGGCUUUGGAGUUUCUCUAGGAAUUAGAAAGCGCUCUUGCAAACUCGUUGCGAGGUGCAUAUCCCGCACGUAUCCUUUUAUAUGUAUCUUCUAGGAGCGUGCACCUCUGUUAGCUUGAGCUACCCAUGUAUACAACCGUCGUGUUACAAUUUGCCCCAAAUUCCCUCAUGUUAUG